AAAACUUAUCAUUUCCUUAUCGCGUCUUGCCUUGUCGCAUGCUGUUCCUUCGCUCUGGAAAACCAGCACAGGUCUGUGUGUUUUUGUGCACAACCACUUGUUGAAUACCAGCACCCUGCCCUCUGAGAGGAGUGCUCAGUGUUCAAGGUUCAGGAAGAUAACGAGAGGCGAGUGGCUGACGCAUAGCUCGUGUCGUGUUACCAAACGCUCAUAUCAGAUUACGGUAGACAGCAGCUUGGGUGAAACCAAAGCCGUGUUCAGAACGCUGUUGCUUGAACAAAACCAGGAACUGGGACUAACAAAGCAGUUUUGAAGAGGCUAAAGAGGCUAACAAAGGGCUUCUUCUUUAUUUGUUUGUUUUUUGAAGACGAGCGUUACCAUGGGUAAGAAGACACAACACUGUCUGCUGCUUUUGCUGUGUUUGUCAGGGCUUGUUCACUAUUCAGCUGCCGUGGUGCUUUGGACGGCCGCGGUGGAAAUACGCUAUGCUAACAACAACAACGAGACUGUGGACAAAUACUGUGAGUGUGGUGUGUACGGCCGCAACUCUCCCCUGGAGCAAACCUCAGGCAUUGUUACGCUUCCCAGGGGAGACCCCAAAGGCUGCGGCUCAGAUGCCGUCUACAACCGCAAUUCCAGCUCCCCGCCUUGGAUAGCCCUGGAAAGGGGCAACUGCACCUUCAGCGAAAAGAUCAACGCCGCCAAGCGUCAAGGGGCAGCUGGCGUGGUGGUGUACAAUGUGGACGGCAGAGGCAACAGCACCACUCACAUGGCGCACUCGGAAGCAGGUGGUAUCGUGGCCAUCAUGAUCAGCAACUAUCAGGGCAUGGAGAUCGUGCGGUUGGUGAGCAAUGGGACAGAUGUGGAGAUGUUUAUUUACGUAGGCAGCCCUCACGGACCCUGGAUGGACACAUACUGGCUUUACUUCCUGUCCAUCGCCUUCUUUAUCGUGACGGUCGCCUCCAUCGCCUACUUUGUGUUCAUCUCUGCAAACCGUCUCUACAGCAUGAACAGGCACAAGCGCGAGGAGAGGAAGCUGAAAUCUGAGGCCAAGAGAGCGAUUAAGCGCCUGCAAGUACGCAAACUCAAGACGGGGGAUGAGGAAACCACCUCAGACUCCCACAUGUGUGCCGUGUGUAUCGAGUCCUACAAGGCAGGGGAAGUGGUGACGGUGCUGACAUGCGACCACAUCUUCCACAAAGCCUGCAUCGAGCCCUGGCUGCUGCAGAGGAGGACCUGCCCCAUGUGUAAGUGCGACAUCCUGAAGGCCCUGGGGGUCGAGGAGGAAACAAAGGAGAGCCUGUCCGCCGAGACCCCACCAGAGGUCACUGUGAUCACAGUGACGGGAGGAGAGCCCAUGUACGAAGUCCCACUGACUGACCCAGUGAGCCCCGACCCGGACAGACAUCAGCAUCUCUAUGACAACAGGGCCUUCGAGGCAGACUCUGAGGCUGGGAGGAGAUGAACAACAGCAACGGGAACAAAAAAACGGCAACAAAACCAAGACACGGGCAAAUUCCCUGUUUUCUUUAAAUAGAUAUUUUUUUGUUGGGAUGCGCCGAACAAGCACGAUGGAAUCACACAAGAAUGCUCCAACAGGAAAUGAAGGCACGCUAAGAUUUUCAAUAAAAAAACAUCCAAGGAUUUUAAAUGUGUAAUGGACCUUGUGGUAAUUAGCUUGGAUGACACUACCUUUACUCUGUCCUGGUGCGAGUGUGUAAAUAUGGGGUGUGUUCAUAAAGUGUCCUUUAGAUGGUUAGAAUAUUUUUUGUUGGGUGAUGCCAGUGGCAAAUUUCUGCUUUGCAUAGUAGACACACCAGCUCGACUCUGGACAGGGAAAAAGUAACAAGCAUUUGAAUAUCUGUCAGGGCCAAAUGUCCUCCUAACAAAUAGCUCACUCACAAUUGACAAUUGUAUAUAUAUUCUGCUCUUUUUAAAUUGGAGUAUGAUUUUUCUAUUGCUGUUGUCAGGCUGGAUUCACAAACACACCCUUAUGAACACACCCUGAACGGGAGAAUGCAGCAUGACACACUUUGCACUAGGAUGAGUGAAUAACAUCACCUGAGGGGCUGGGACUCUUACACAACGUGGACUGUAAAAAAAAACAUCUUUGCCACGUAUGAAAUAGGAAUUUUCCAGUCCUUUUUAAUAAUUUGUUGGCUUCCAGCUGCUCUUGAGAAUGUAGCAAUGCAAUAAAUGUCAUAAGAACUGUUGAUGAUAUGCCGCCCAAAAAUCUUAUCUUGACUGUUGGCUAGGGGAAAUUAUUUUUAUGUGAAAUGGAUUUUGGAAAUGACGUUUAUUGAGAUCUAUUUAUCAAUCAUGUCGAGUUCUGUCUGUUAGUAUAGAUGAAAUGCAUAAUUAAUGUAUAGCCAUUUUCCUGCUCUAAACAGCUGAUUUUCAUGUGCAAUCACAAACAGUUGUUCUUGAAUAUGUCUUCCAGGACUUUCCUUUGAACUAUUUGGAAUGGUGUUUUAUUCAAUUCCCAUUGUCUACCUCUGAACUCUAACAUGGCUAAAUAAUGAUUCUUGCAAUUCUCAGAUUUAGUUUGUCCCUCAGUAGACUAUUAACCCUAAAUAUUUGUUUCUAACUUUGGUUGCUAGUGGGAAUAUGCUGAUUACGGCACUUAAUAUAUUUUUCUAUAUUGGAUCAUUUUCACCACUGUCUUACAGAUUCAAGGAGUCUUAAAUUGCUCUGUACAAAUGAAUAUUACUCCCUGUAUUGAAUCACAUUGAUGCUUAUUAGAAUGCAAUAAAUCCCUCAAAAUGA